AUACGAGAGUUGGAGUUACCCCGUGACAAAGAUCAUGUGACUUUGGUCAAGAUGGCGAAUCAUUGCUGUGAUGUUCGUCUUUUCAAUAUUAUAGUGUUAGGGGUCUCUUUUAUGUUAAUAUUUACAGCCUUUCAAACAUGUUCUAUGGUGGAGGUGAGCAGUAGAAAAUAAAAAUUUAAAUAUUGAUCUAUUUUAGCAAUGUCUCAAUUUACAGUUUUCUAUUUUUGUUUAGUGGAAUUUUGAGUCUUAUUUUAAAGUUUUAAUUUUAAUUUAGUUCAUCAUUUACUUAAUUUACUCAUUUACUAAAACAAUUUAAUUAGUGAGUGAUUGACUUCGACUUCUUACUAAAUUUACCUAAGACUAACUUCCUAAGUAAAUUCUUUCUUAAAUUUUAAAUUUAAUCUUAUCCUGUUCCGUAACUAAAAACUAUAAUAAAAUAAUAAACUCAAGUUCACUUAGACUAACUUGUUUCAACUUUAAAUUUCCUUAAUUUACAAAAGUUUCAAAAGUAGUAAAAAAGAGCUAGGGGUACUAGUGAAGUAAAGUAGGGCUCGCUAAACGAAAAUUCUAAACUGAGUAAUAGUAUUAUAAUAUUAGUAAUUGUCAAUUCAGGAUCAAUUAAUUUUAAUCAAAUUAAUAAAUACAUUUUAGGCUAUGCUCAUGGCCAUGGCUAUUCAUUAGGCCUAUUGGCUAUCGAUGGUAGUAAACAGCUUCGGUUUCUAGGACUUAGGAGCUAUUGGGACUAUUACUAUUGAAUUAUCUAUUGGUACCCUACUUAACUACUACUACCAGUAGCUUCUAGGCGGCUAUUGUAGUUUACUAUCAAAAACUACUAAUUGGUUAUAGAUUGAUGUAGGGCAGUAUUAGCAUUGGAAGUCACAAUUUUCUAAAUAACAUCACUGAAAUCAAUCUUAAGUAGGCAUGUUAAAUUCCAAUUUUUUGCAUCACCGAUACAAUGAGAAUAAAAAUAUGUUGCCAAAAUACGUGUGAUGAUAUUUUAGACAGGUCGUGGUGCACUUCAAUUUAUUUUUUCUGGUAGGGUACGUUGCUGCAUCCAUGUACUGGCAUAUGUGCAACAGUUGGGGAAGCAAUGCAGGUAUCCUAAUGGAUGCCAGGGCAGCCUUGAAACUCUCUGUUGAUGUCAGCUCUAUGGCGGCAACGUCCAGGUGGUUCCAAGCAAUUAUUGUUCGUGGGAAGAAUGAUGGUUUAUAUUGAACUGUGUUACACCAAGGCACAGUGAAGCAUUUACUAUCGUUCCGGAUGUAAUUGCUCAUGGAUUUGUCAGUGGUGAAGUCAGUGCUUAUUGAGCGUUUGGCUCUGAUUAAGCGACCUGGCUUCUGUGGGGUGAGAUACGUGUUAGCUGGAAUGGUCGGCACUAGCCCUGUGACCACUUUAUAUAGGAAUGUUAGGCGGAACUUUUCUCGUCUGUCUUUGAGGGAAGGGAUUUCAAAUCUUUUUAAGAGAUCAGUGACGAAACCAGGAAUUAUGGAUUUGUAGUCACUCGCGAUGAAGCACACUUUGUUACGUUGUAUUUGCUCCAUUAUGUCCACGUCUUGUUUUAGGUAUGGGACCCAGAUGAUCGCACCAUAUUCUAGUAGUGGAUGGACGAGUGCGAGAUAGGCAUUUCUCUUGCAGGAUGUUGGGCAGUGGCGCAGAUUUCUUUGAAUGAAACCAAGUGUCGAGUUAGCUUUUUAAAAAAUUUUGUUUAUAUGAGGUGGUCUAGUCUGAUAAAUUUUCUCUUAAUCGUAUUUUCUAGACAUAACACACUUAUUUUUCUUUGUUUGUAUAUAUUUAAUGUAUUGCAGCUUAUAUUUUUAUCAGAUUCUGUGCCGUUAAAAACAUUGAUUCUGCAUACCAUUGAAAAAAAAAUAGUAAAUAGCGAUUCUUAGACAUUAAAUUAAUUUGUGUUAUAGGUACUUCACUAAAAAUUUCAAAGUUGUUAUGCAAUAAUGAAACUUAUAUCAUUAGAAAGGACUCAGUAUUUCCUUUCCCUUGAUACCAAGUUUAUUUUUCUAUCAUAAUUAGAAAAUGAAUCUUAUUUUUAGUGUCAGAAUUUAGCCUUAUAUAGCUUUAGUUUAUAGUAAAUAAUUUCCAAAAUUCUGAGAUUGAAAAAAGACAUCUUUGACAAUCAAAAUGCAAUAACUUUUUUUUGUCAGCAAUGUUAAAGCGCUGAAAAUUUCAGCAACAGAGAGUGAUAACAUUUAUUUUUAAAAUAUAGCUUUUUUGUCCAUUAAAGAUACAUUUUCUUUCAUAGAAAGAUGAUGGUCAAAAGUAAUGUGUUGGCCGAGUCCCUGGCUCUCUUGAUCAAAUUUGUAACAGUUAUAGAUACCAUUGGUAAUGAUUCAGUUUACGACAUAGAUGAAUGGAGUCCUGAGUGUAGAUACCAUUGGUAAUGAACAGUUUACUAAAAAUGGUUUACUUUGUGUCAAUACUGUUGAUUCCACCUAUCAUGAUGAUAAAUAGGAGUUCUGAGAGUAUAAAUUGCCAAAUAAAUUCAUUUGAUGCUGAAAAAUAACAAUAGCUGUUAAGAUUAUGCUCUGGUGGUCCAUAUUGUGGUGGAUUGUCCAGUUCAACAUUCAGUCACACCUGAUAGGUUUUUGUUAAAACAGGAAAGACAACCAAGCUAAAAACGUCUUAACUACUUUAUUUUAGCCAACUUAGCUUAAUGGAUUGGGAUUAACUUUGAAAUUGUCAAUUUACCAUUUCCUCUUGUAUGUUAGCCCUUUUAGCUUGUCACACACACACACCCACACGCACAUACAUCAUCGGAUGGAACAAAUAAAUUGUAACAUUUUUGUAUAUUCACCGUAAGCGGCUCUUGAUAACAAUUCAUAUGCAAAAAAUUAAUAUUCUGUAAUCUUAAUAUUACAAAGUGUGUAAUCCAGCUAUUCUAUAGAAUGCCUGGGCAAAGUAUAUAAUGGCUUAUGUAUUUCACACUUUGACCAGAAUUUCUGUAGAAUGGCUGGAUUACAUACUUUGCCUGUAAAAUAUAAAUAUAUGAAAAAAUCUAAUAAUUUUUUGUUGUGAUGUACUUCUAGAAUACAUCAAUCAUUAUUAUAACAAAAAUUUAAUUUAAGCUUGCUUGGACCUACUAUAACUAGUACUUGGCCUACAAUAUAGAAAAAAAUAGUUACAGUAGGUUAAUAGUAAAUAGCCAUUUAUGAGCAUGAUAGGGAUGGAUGUCAGUGAAUUAAUUAAUUGAAUAAGCCUAGGGAUCCCAAAUUAAAAACAAUAAUUUUAAAAAAUAAUAACGGAAAUGUUACCACGCCUUAAAUUAUUUUUUUUCCACAGUAAUUUACCUUUGACUAUGACAAGAUAAUGAUAAAUCAAAAUGUAUGUCACAAAUGAAUGAUUUGAAUAAACAUAGGGUUCCCAAUAUAAAUAUUACCACUGCCCUAGUUGUUUUUUCCCACAAAAAAAUUUCCCUUUGCCUUAUUGACAUUUCAUUUUUGAAAAUAUUGGACAAGUAAGUCAUGUAGCUGUGAACAGUGUUUGCGGAGGAUUUGUCAUAUAUUAUACGAUGACAGCAAGACGUCAAGCAAUAAUGAAUAUCGCAUUGCUGGCCGACAGACAUGACUAUGACAAUCUGACAUCUGGUAGAAGACCGGAGGCUUUAAUCACUUUAUGCAAAAACUGAAACUACACCAAAAGUGAUCAAAUGGUAACUUUCGGCGCCGAAGCUGAAAUUCGGUCGGUCUCUAAUGCACAAUUUGGAAGUCGAGCCCUGGGAUAAAAAGUGUGGGAACUCAACCCAUACCUUCUCCCCCCGAAAUAAACAUGUACAUUUUUUAGCCAAAAAAGAAGUGGAGGAACACUGUUCCCAUGCGUUCCUACAGGACUUUAACCCUGUGCAAAAUCAAAAUACAAGUACUUUGUGCAGGCCUGUGUAACUCAAAAUGUAACAUGGGCCUUAAUACUUUAUGGAAAACUUGUGCUGGCCAAAAGAUAUUAGGACAGGAGGGAAAGCUAUUAAGAAAAUAAUAAUAAUAUAGAAUAUUUUGUUACUUUGCUGGUCGCUUGUUGUGCAGGCCUGACUUAUUGCAUAACCUUGGAGGUAUUAAACAUCAGUUCACACUAUCAAAUUCAGUUCAAAUUUGCAUCAAAUUUUUGUAUGUGCGUAGCUUCUUUUUUGGACAAAAAUGAGAAUUUGAUCAAAUGGUAAUUUGAAAGUUGUGAUAUUGUUUCAUACAAAAAUCGCAUCAAAUAUAUGAACGAAAAUUUGAAAGGAAUUUGAUUGUGUGAACUGAACCUAAGUGAAUUUUACAAAAAAAUUACUAGUUAUAAAUGAAGUAUAACUUUAAUUUUACAAGUACAUAUUGAGACAAUAAGAGUGACUAUUUGACUGACCAGUAUUAUUAUUGUUAUCAAGUGUACUGAUUGAACUAGUGACCCACAUUAACCUGAUUAUUGUUGUUGUGUUGACUACUUGACAUGGUGAGUUGUUUUCAUGAUUGUCUAAGCUUAAAUGUGUCAAUAUUGGCUGGAUAACUGGAUUUAGUGGUCAUGGGAUGUUGGGUAUGAAAAGAAUUUUGGAAGGAGAAUUAAGUUAGUUGCUAUAUAGACCACAUCUUUGAGUGUUCAUAUCUUCUUCUAUAUUUUGAGGGCCCAUGAUCAAUGUAUUGAUCAUUCUGGCUCCUAUAAUACCUAUUAUUAUACUGUUACAUAGGUCAGACCCAGGACCAUGGUUUGCUGCGUGUACCGCUGCUGUAUACACAGGCCAAAACCAAUGGUUUCACUAGAUAUACCACCAUGGCUAAAUCUCUCUUCCAUCUGUUCCUUUCUCAUAUAAAGUUUAAGAGCCCGUUAUGUCAUACGCAAUUGAGUAUUUAUAGGUCUUUUGAAAUCACUUUGAGAAAUAAUAUGGUAAAAAAAAACAACUUGAUCCUAUAAUGUCCUACAACUAAAAGUGGUAAUCCAUUUAACUGUUUUCUUUUUCUUUCAAUCCUCAGAAAACUGUUUUGGACAGUGCAGCAAAUUUUACUGGCAGCGGUUAUACCAGGUUAAAUUUAAUGUUUACUUUUUGCAUAUUCAAAUCAAAUCUGAUCUAAUUUAAUUUUGCUUCUAAAAUAUUUCUGAAGACACUGUCAUGCAUUAUUCUUUAUUGAAUGGUCAUUAUGAAGCGUACUUCUCUUAACAUACAUUUUUACUUCCAAGCAAUUAGGUCAAGAAGAAAUAUCUUUGUCUAAAGUCACACAUUUCUUAUUACAGUUUAGGUAUUCUAUAUGGAGUAUUUUCUGUAUCUAACUGGGCUGCACCAUCUAUAGUAACAUUUGCUGGGCCAAGGGUGUCCAUGAUUAUGGGAUCACUCCUGUACUUGUAAGUUUUUUUUAAAUUUGUAUAAGCAUUAUUUCAUUUUAAUUUAAAACUAACUUACCCAUUAUUUUGGGGGGAAAAUCUACUUAAAAUUUUUUUAUGUUUCUUUCUGCUUUGCAAUGUCUGAGUAGUCAGGGAUUUUAAUCAUUACAUGAAUUAGUUUCAAACAUUUAUACUUUAUGACUUACAGUGAGAUUUUCUCUCUUCUUUUUACUUUUGCAUCCUAUCAACAGCUUAUUUGUCCUGUCUUUCCUUAAGCCUAUGGUGUGGGCUCUUUACCUUGGAUCUGUUUUGGUAGGAAUUGGAGCUGCAGGUAUGUUUUUGCAUUGUUUUAUUGUGUUCUGUUUGGGAAGGGAAAGCUUUACAACUUAUGUUUUUUUUAAAGUGCAGUUUAUUGGGAAAAUAGUGAAGGAAAAUGCCACUAUUUUAUCUGUUGCCGCCAUCUUGGUUGACACGUCACGAGGAUGUGGUAUCUGGAAUGAUGUUUAGUGUCUUAAAUCUUAAUUAUUUUUUUUUUUGUCAGCACUUCUCAACUAACAAUUUUUGUAAAUAUACUGUUGAGUUGUUUAUCUAUAGGAUACAAAAAAACAACAACAUUUGAAACAUGUACAGCCCAUUGAUUAAAAAUUUAUUGUUAAAAGUUUUUAAGUCCAAACUGGAAAAGAAAAGUUAAAUAUAAAUAAACAUUUACCCUUCAGCUUCAGAAUGAAGAUUUUAAAAAAUAAAAACAAAUAAUGCAUGCUAAAAUAAUUAUGCAUUAUAUUAUUUUCUAUUAAUAAUAAUAUUUAUACUUUCAGUCUUAUGGACGGCCCAGGGGACUUUUCUUACUAUUAACUCGAAUUCAGAAACUGUGGCCAGGAACAGUGGUAUAUUUUGGGCAUUACUUCAGUGCAGGUACCAUAGGCCUUUCACACAUUUAGCCACUUAAUGAGAGUUGUUUAUCCAAUUAUGAUUUUAUACAUUUUGGGUAUUCAACACAUCUGAAUUUCUGCGACCUGUAAAAUGAAUUUUAUGACAUGUUUGAAAAAUUAAAUUGAUCAUUUUCAUUUUUAGAAAAAUGCUAGUCAAUUAUAGACUUCAGCCUUAAAAGAAUUUCCAAAGUAAUCUAAUCUCGAUACGAGAAAAAGUUGACAGUCAAGGCCAGAUGGUCACUUUUAUGUCAUUUAAUUGCUGAGCACUGUUAUAGUAUAUAUAUAUAAAUAAUUAAAAUACAAAAUAAAAAUUAAUAAUCUAAUAAAAAUGAAGAUCUGAAACAAGUAGUGGACCACCAUAAAUGUUAUCACGUUAUUUGGGACUAUUUUUUUAGCCCCCAUCAUCACAAAUUUUUCACUCAAUUAAGACACCAUAGUGUUACUUCAUCAUAAAUUCAUGACCCCACCCCCUUCCCCCAGAUGCCUGACGUCAUUUAUGGAUGGCUCCUAGGUCUUAAUAGUAAGAGCAGUGAUAAUAAAGUUUUUGUCCCAUCACUGCUCUUUCUAAAUUUAAAAAAAGUUAGAAGGUAAUUUGGAUCUGAAAUGAACAUAUUUUGGACAAUAAAAUGUCAGUGAUAUCCAAGUUAAAAAAAAUUAAUAAAACUGGGAGAUUAACUAAGAGGUUAAGUAGGGUCAAUAGAGCUGGCUUGUGGAAAAUCAUGAAGAAAUACGGAUGCCCAGACAAGUUCACAAACAUCAUUCGUCAGCUGCAUGAUGGUAUGAUGGCCCGAGUACAGGACAACGAUCAAUCAUCUCCAGCAUUCCCCGUCACAAACGGUGUAAAACAGGGUUGUGUUCUUGCUCCCACACUCUUCAGUAUUAUGUAUUCCGCAAUGCUGUCUGAUGCGUUCAAGGACUCCACCUACCCGAACGGUUAGGCCAAAGCAUGACUACCAUCAGUAUUUAACCUUAGGAGGCUUCAAGCUAAAACCAAGGUCAAACAUACCACGAUCAACGAGCUUCUGUUUGCAGACGAUUGUGCCCUUAAUGCUCCAUCAGAAGCCGUCAUGCAACACAGUGUUGAUAUCUUCUCAGAGGCCUGCAAUAACUUUGGCCUCACAAUCAACACAAAGAAGACUGAGGUGAUGUAUCAGCCAGCUCCCAGUAAGCCCUACGUUGAACCCAACAUCAUCAUCAGUGGACAGCGUCUCAACCCGGUGGAUAAAUUUACUUACUUGGGCAGCACCCUCUCUAGAUCUGUCGUCAUGGAUGAUGAAAUGAAUGGCAGACUCGCAAAAGCUAGUGUCCUAUUUGGCAGGCUCCGCAGCACUGUUUGGGACAGGAGAGGUAUCAGUCGAGAAACAAAGCUCAAGGUCUAUAGCGCAGCAGUCCUCUCGACACUGCUUUAUGGAUGUGAAACGUGGACUGUCUACCAGCGUCACGCCAAGAAACUCAAUCAUUUUCACACUACCUGCCUCAGGAAACUCCUCGACAUCAGGUGGCAAGACAACAAAGUCCCUGACACCGAGGUCCUCGCUAGAGCGAAACUACCUAGUAUCUUCACCACUCUGAUGCAGUCUCAGCUCCGUUGGAUGGGACACGUAGCCCUUAUGGCAGACCACCGGCUCCCGAAACAAAUAUUCUUUGGAGAACUCACAAUAGGCAAGCGCUCCCAAGGAGGCCAAAGAAAGCGUUACAAAGACUCACUGAAAGUGGCACUAAAGGCCUUCAGCAUAAACACUACUCAAUGGGUGCAGACAGCCCAGGACAGAGCCAGAUGGAGAGCUGCUGUCAAGAAGGGGCUAAAUCCCAUGAAGCUAAGAGAAUAACCACAGCUGAGACACGCAGGCUUGUCCGAAAGAGCAACAUUAGGUCAUCGUCUGAAGCAACUAUUCCAUGCCCACGGUGUCAUAGAUUAUUCCGUGCAAGGAUCGGUCUAACAAGCCACCUAAGAGCUCACCGUAAUCCCAAUCCCCCCCGCCCGCCCCUAACCGGAUGAUUCGAUGGUCCUUGUCGACUUCGACGGACGAACAACAUAAGUUAACUUGUGCUUUAAAAUAAAACUGUAUUGCAAUCUAUUAGAGAUUCAAACCUUUAUUUGUGAAAAUCAUGUUUUACAUUGAUCAUAAUGUAUAAUUUUACGAUUAAUUCAUUUUAUUGAUUCUACUCAGUUUGCUGUUUGGCAACCUAUACAGCUACUUUAUCUUCCAAGGCCAAACUGUAAUUACAGAUGUAGAGCGCACAAAAUUAUUUAUAGCUCUCAGUGCAGCUGGAUUUGCUGGUUGUUUAUGUUUAUUACUCUUGCGGAAGCCAAGAGUCGAUGAUGCUGACAAUCUCCAUAGCUUGAAUGCCAGGUUUGUACACAUUUCAGCUUUUUACAAAUAUACCUACCCCAUUAAAUUUUUAUCCAUCCUUGAAAUUAAAAGUCUAAAAACUGGGCAAAAAUAUUUUUACCCAAUUUAUAGUAUAGUCUAAAUCUUAACUUAUGCUAUUGUCUAAUAAAAUUAUAUAUUUUAAUUUCAAAAUGUAUAGUUUUUUAAUUCUUUGAUGGAUUUUUAUGUAUAUUCUCAAGAGGUGAACUUGGGGUAAUAUUUAGUGAAAUGUUUGCAUAUAGUAUAGUUUCAUUCGACAUGUUCAUCAUCGAAUGACCUGCAUUAUUUACAUAAAAACUCUUACUACAAUUGUGUUUCAGUGCAGUGCAGUGUCCACUUUCACCUGUUGCAUCCCUAAGUAAGUUAUCUAGAUUUUUUACAACAUGUUUUACUUCACUCUCUUCAUCUAUAAGUAAGUUAUCUAGAUGUUUUACUACAUGUUUUACUUCAUACGCUUCUUCUGUAAGUAAGUUAUCUAGAUGUUUUACAAUAUGUUUUACUUCACCCUCUUCAUCUAUAAGUAAUUUAUCUAGAUCUUUUACUUCAUUCGCUUCUUCUAUAAGUAAGUUAUCCAGAUGUUUUACUGCAUGUUUUACUUCAUUCUCUUAAUCUAUGAGUAAGUGAUUAAAAAAAAAAUUGCCAACUAAGUAUACUGUAAAAAAACAAUCACACCCCCCCCCCCCACACCUGAUUGGAAUUAUUAAUUUCCUUCCCACAUUCAUUUUUAUCAUUUCAAUUUUGUUCUUAGUAUAAAAAAAAAAAAAAUUCCCACCCAAAAUUACUGUAAAAAACAAACCACCCCCCCCCCCCCCCACACCUGAUUGGAAUUAUUAAUUUCCUUCCCACAUUCAUUUUUAUCAUUUCAAUUUUGUUCUUAGUACAUCCUCGCUAUUGAUGCAAAUUUAAGUUCAGCUGGUUGUUUCUGGUGCAACAUGAGAGGAAUUUAUUGAUAAAAAAAUAAAUAUUUUCAUCGCACCAAUAUUAAUGAAAGAUGACUCUGUUUACUUGCUAUUUGUUAGACCAUAAAGCUAGCAGAUGACACAUUCAGGAAAUAAAUCUAAGGGAUUACAAUCUUGGAUGUUUUAAAAACCUAUUAACAUUUCACAGACAAGUGUUUUCCUUCACUGAAUUAUCCUUUUUUUUUCCAGAACGUUCAUUUCAGCUUCUUAAGACAAAUGAAAUGCUCUUGCUAUCCCUAGCAUUUGCAUACACAGGUAAGCAAAUAAAAUGAAACUGUAUUAGAUUUGUUGCAGUAAACAGAAUAGGAAGUUUUAGCAUUUAGCACAUCUUCCUUCUCUUCCAAUUUUUGAAAUACCCCCUUCCAAUGACCUGAAACAAAUUCAUAGAUGUAAUAUUUUAUAAAAUAUUUCAGAAGUUCACUUAAUUAGUGUUCUCAAUAGUUGGGGGUAUGUGAAAGGGCUUUGCAGACUUUUGGAGGCACCCUGCCACCUUUUGUAGGCACCCCGCCACCUUUUGGAUUGGUUUUGUGUCCCCCUGCAGUCAAAUUUGCUUGUUAAAUUGUUUUCCCACACCACAACUUUGGACCUCUAAAUCAUCCCAGUUUAAAUUGUUCACAUCACAGUUUUGGGUCCCUAAAUUAUCCAAAACCCUGGAGCUGCAGGGCCCAUGUGAUGGCUCUGGGUAUGUGCACUACAUUACAUUGUGUCUAAAUUAUUCAAUUGGUAAAAAAUUACAAGCAUAUAGUUCUUAGAAUAAUUAUAUUGCUCUAUGAAUUUAAAAUAGUUAAGGUAAAAGUUUUUAACAAAAAUGGAAUUCACUCUGAAUCUGUUUUUUUUUGUUUUUUUUGUUUUUUAAAAUAUUUUUGUAACAUUUUAAAACUGAAAAUACUUUUUUAAUGUUGGUUUAAAUAUUGACUUUCUACAUAUUUUAUCCACAAUAAACUGAAAAAUAUGUUAAUAUCUAUUUGUUUCAUUUUUCAGACAAUUUAGUAAAAUGAUUUAUCUACUAAAUUUAGUGCACACAUUUUUUCCUCAGGUGUUGAGCUGACAUUCUUUAGCGGCGUUUAUGGAGCCAGUAUUUCUCAUAAUCAACAUUUUGGAAGCAGUGCCAAUGGCUUGCUGGGAAUAUCAGGCAUAUUCAUAGGUGUCGGGGAGAUUUUUGGUAAGUGGUAAUAGAGAUAAAAUAUUGUUCAUAUAAACAUAUCUGGUCAGUUAAGUUGUAUCUCUGUGAUAAUUUUUUUUUCCCCCUCCUUCUGUCAAAGUAGUAUUUCUUUUUGACAUAUUUUACUCUCUUCUAUCUUCUUUCUUUUUGCACUUUUGACAUAUUAGUCAAAUCAAAACACUUAUUUAAAUAAUUGCACAAAUUCAAUUUGAUUGAAUUAUAACAUCAAUGUUGCUUCUUCUUCUUCUCAAUUAAAUUGGUUAAGUAUCAAAAGAAAAAUUUAAAUCUAAAUAUUUUGCUUGGAGUUUUUAUGCAUAUUUUUUAUUUCAUAAUUGCGUUUUAAUCAUUAUCUUUAAAAAUAGUUGAAUGUUUAAAAACACAAAAAAUCAGUGCUUGCUUUUUGUGACUUAAUCAAUGAUUGUUUUUAAUGUAUUUCUGGAACAAAACAAGGAACUCUCCUCAUAGUUAUAAUUCUACUUUAUAUGCUUUUUUUUUGCAGGUGGUGCCUUAUUUGGCCUGUUGGGUACAAAAACUAAUGCACAUGGCCGUGACCUCAUUGUAAUGUUAGGUUAUAUUGUACACAUGGUGGCAUUUUAUAUAAUCUUCCUUAACCUCCCAGAGAAAUCACCAAUUGAUCCAACCAAUUCUGCUACAUACAUUACGUCCAAGUAAGAAUUUUAUUUGAUUAGUUAGAAAACUCUCACAAUUUGACCCACACUAAAUAUCUUUGAAGACAGCUAAAGAUUGUCAAAAUAAUUUGCAAUACAACCCCUCUCGCAUAUUCUCCCGACCACCACAAUAAAUUUAUUUGAUUUUUAUUAAGAUUAGUCUAAUUCAGGGUAGAGUGUGCACUCAAGAUAUUCUUGUCAUAGGAUAGUGUUUUUAAACACAAGAUCUUCCUUGCACAUGCCAUGGACCUUAUAACACAAAUAAGAUUAAAACUGCCUGGGAAAAAAGCUAAACAUUUAUCAGGUCUUCCAAAGAGACUUGGUGCAGAGCAACUAAGAAGUAUCUGCAGAAUAGAAACCUGCCUCUGUAAAAGCUUCCGCAGGACUGUAAAACUUUCCAAUGGAAAGUAAAAGCUUCCCCAGGACUGUAAAAGUUUCCACAGAAAAGUAAAAGCUUCUCCAGGACUUUAAAUAAAAGUUUCCGCAGGACUGUAAAAGCUUCCGCAGGACCGUAUAAGCUUCCACAGGACCGUAAAAGCUUCCGCAGAACUGUAAAAGCUUCCGCAGGACUGUAAAAGCUUCCGCAGGACUGUAAAAGCUUCCACAGGACUGUAAAAGCUUCCACAGGACUUUAAAAGAUUCUUCAGGACCGUAAAAGCUUCCGCAGGACUGUAAAAGCUUCCACAGGACUAUAAAAGCUUCUAUAGGACUGUAGCUUCAUAAGGAGCAAACAGAAGUGGCACUCCUUAGUUAUUGCCCCCAAAGCAACAGUUAAUGCAUAAAGAUUAAACUAAUGUUUACUUAUUUGUACAAAUUAUCAUAAAUGCAACCCAGUGCAGCAUUUUUAACAAUUCUUAAUUUAUAAGGUAACAUUAAUUUAAAUAUUCUUUGGACAUUUUUUGGCAAACUUUGUUGUUACCCCCAUGUAAAGUGCUUUAAAUGUAGAAUAAAAGUCAUUUGUUCAUCAAUUUAUUUCUGCAGCACCUAUUUAGCCAUUUUGUGCAGCUUUCUGUUGGGGUUUGGAGAUAGCAGCUUUAACACGCAGGUACAUAUAUAACAACAGGGAUAGGGACAUGGCGCAAAUGUAAAAUUAUACUAUUUCAGUCUAAAGACUCCUCUGUGUAAUUCAAUUGAUCCAAGAUGUAGGUUAUAAAUUAAUGUAAUUCUAAAAUCUCUUGUUGAUUUAUUUUUCUUUCAGCUCUAUUCUAUUUUGGGUUUCAUGUAUCCAGAAGACAGUUCACCAGCUUUUGCACUUUUUAAAUUUGUACAGGUACGUAAACUGGUUUACUACCAUAAGCCGGUGGGAGCGGCUAGGCUUUUCUUUCGUUAUGGCCACGAGACGCUGGUAGCGCAAAUGUUUUUAUUGUAGUAAAUGUGACCUAGAUUUAAUUUGGCCACAGCUGGUUUUUCAGUCUGGUAGCUAAUCAGUUUAGAAAACAAAUCUAGAGCCUUGUCACAAUUGCAUAGAAGGGUACAAUUGUUUAACUGUAGUAAAAUUGUGAAGAGAUAGUAUAAUAGGGCAAAGAUGUUACCAAAGAGUGAGAAUUUGCUGGGUAGUCUUUCCUCAAUUUAUUAAAUUAUAAAUAAUUAUUUUAUUUGAAACUUAGACGAAAUCAGCGUUAUAGCUAGGCACUGGUUUAUUGUAAGCAUUGUAUUUUUGUUUUGUUUACACUACCGUUAAUGAUUCUCAUUCUUGUCAUCGUCAUCCUCGCCAGUCAAUAGCAGCAGCCAUCGCUUUCUACUACAGCAAUGUCUUGUUGCUGCAAUGGCAGCUGCUAAUUCUUGUUAUACUUGGGACAACUGGAGUAUUGGGCUUUAACCUGGUCGAGUGGAGCAGCACAAAAGCAUCAAGAAAAGGGUAUCAGAUGAUCUGA